GCUUGCUUGUCUCUGCUUGUGUUUGUACAGGUUAUGGCCUGGAGGUGGACAUGUGGUCUGCAGGUGUGAUCCUCUACAUCCUCUUGUGUGGCUUCCCCCCUUUCCGCAGCCCUGAGAAGGACCAGGAUGAGCUCUUCAACAUCAUCCAGCUGGGCCAUUUCGAGUUCCUUGCCCCUUACUGGGACAGCAUCUCUGAUGCUGCCAAAGAUCUGGUGAAACAUUUGCUGGUGGUGGAUCCCAAGAAGCGGUACACGGCCCACCAGGUUCUUCAGCAUCCCUGGGUUGAACUGGCCGGAUAUCCCAGCACAGCUAACCCACAGAAGGAGGGACGCCCAAGCAGUGAGGGUCACCAGAGCCAGCACAAGAGGCUUUCAGAGCAGGUGUCAUAAUCCUGCCUUGGAUGUUCGUCCAGUGUCCUGUGUACUGAAGGACAGAGAAGAGGCUGGAAGUCUGUAAGCAAGACAGUGGGAGACACUUCCUCACAUAAGAGGAGGAGGAGAGAACAAUCUAUGUUAAAGCGUAUUUCAGAAGCAAACUCGGGCUGGAGAGAUGGCUC